AGACAGUGGGCGGGGCCGGCGCGCGCCGCCGGCGGGUUCGUGCCCGCGCGCCGCCGCCGCCGCCGUCUCGGUCUCCGCAGUGAGGUCACGGGUGGGCGGCGCGAGCGCGGCGCCUGUUCCGCUCCCCGCGGCCGCCCGAGCCCCCGCGGCGCCGGGUUAUCAGGAAGGACUGGCAGAACUCUGCUAUAGCACAUGAAUUCAGCCCAUGGCCUGGAUCUCACCUCUACUACUAAUAACUCAGGCUGGGAAAAUUCUGACACACGCCAGUGACAUCUGGGCGAAAGGUGACUCUCUAGGGACGUUUAGCUUUUGCUGUCGAUCUGGAUCAGCCUUUAGUUUGAGGAUUUAUUUGUGAACUGCCGUAGUAACUCUUAUGGUGGUGGUGAAAUCAUAAAGCUGGCAGCACAAUAAAGCAAGCCCUUAAGAUUGUGUUUGGUCUCUGGGAGCUGAAAGUGCUGAAUAAAAUUUUCGCACAACUUAAAACUGCGUUUUGGAUUGGCUGCGUUAAGAUUGACGUUCUUCAAGCUGAGCCCAUUUUUCUAUUUUAAUAUUUAAAUAGAGACUUGUUUGAAAAGACAGUAUAUUUUUUAAAGGAAAACAAUGAUCAAGGAUGGACAUGUAUCAGCACAUCAUUUUUUACUAAAUUGCUGUACAAGACUACUGUGUAAAAUAGGGGGCAGGGUGUGAAGAAAAGCCUUUUGUAUAAAUAUUGCAGUGGGUUUUUUAUAUUAGAAAAUUGAACAAAUAACUAAAAAAGUUGUAUAACCUCUCCAUUAAUGAUUUUAUGGUAUUACAUGCAAAAUGGGUUACAGUUUUUACUGUUGGAGGCUGAAGAAGUAACAUUUUACUGAAAGGAUUGUGAAACUUGUUGUACCUGAGGUAAUCCAAGAUCACUUGAAACUAUUUUUUAUAUGAACAAUCAGGAAAAUGCACAUUUAAGACUAACUUAAUUAAAGUUCUGGUGUUUAGCAAUGGAAAGCCCACAGAUAAACUUCCCUCUAGGUCUGGUUUCAGACCAGAAAAGGAGCAGGAUCCAAGAGGAUGGGAGUCCUCCACUGAAAAAAGCAAUGACAGAAAUGCAUGUAAAUAACAAAGUGCAGGUUGUAAUAAAUAAAUUGCCAACAAUAAAGAAGGAAAACUUGGAUGACUAUGACGAAACUCCUGUGGAGGCUGAUGGGGAAUCUGCCAAGCCAAACAGUGCUUCACUAUCUGAGCCUUUGAGUUUAAAUCCAGGUUUGAAACACACAUUGGCACAGUUCCACCUGAGCAGCCAGAGUUCUCUGGGUGGACCGGCAGCUUUUUCAGCUCGUUAUUCCCAGGAGACCAUGUCACCCACCGUCUUCCUGCCUCUUCCAUCGCCACAAGUACUCUCCGGCCCGCUGCUCAUCCCUCCGGACAGCUCCACGGAGCUCACCCAGACUCUGCUGGAGGGGGAAUCCAUCUCUUGUUUUAAAGUUGGGGGAGAAAAAAGACUUUGCCUUCCUCAAGUGUUGAACUCGGUUCUCCGAGACUUCUCACUGCAGCAGAUCAACACGGUGUGUGAUGAACUCUACAUUUACUGCUCACGGUGCACUUCCGACCAGCUCCAUAUCCUGAAGGUUUUGGGAAUUCUUCCGUUCAACGCUCCGUCCUGUGGGCUCAUUACGCUGACGGAUGCUCAGAGACUAUGCAAUGCUUUACUGCGCCCCCGCACUUUUCCCCAAAACGGCAGUUUUCUCCCCUGUAAGAACACCUUGGCCCAGCUGAAAGAGACUGGCAGUGCCUUUGAAGUAGAGCAUGAAUGCCUGGGCAAGUGCCAGGGGCUGUUUGCACCUCAGUUCUACCUUGCGCCGGACGACCCGUGUAUCCAGUGUCUGGAGUGCUACGGGAUGUUCUCGCCCCAGACGUUCGUGAUGCAUUCGCACAGAUCCCCGGACAAGAGGACCUGCCACUGGGGGUUUGAGUCGGCCAAGUGGCACUGCUACCUGCACAUUAACCAAAAAUACCUGGGAACGUCGGAGGAGCGGGAGCUGAAGCAUCUCUUGGAGGAAAUGAAGGAGAAAUUCAGUGAGAAAAAUCAGAAAAGGACGCGGUCCAAAGCAGAGCCACAGCAGAACCUUGAAUUAUCGCAGUGGUAUCCAGUUAUAAAGCAAGAAGCAGAAACUGAUCCUCAACCACCCUCCUUUUUCCAUCCCAGUUACUACCUGUAUAUGUGUGAUAAAGUGGUUGCCCCGAAUGUAUCUCUUGCAUCACAAUAUAAGGAUGUUGCAAAAACAACAGUCAAAGCUUCAGAAGUAAUUAAAUCCUCACCUGGGCAGUCGGAGAAGAAGCUCAGCAGUGGAAAGCACAAAAAGGCUGCCUCCUAUCCAGAGGUUUCUCUUGAAGAACAGGAAAAAAUUGACUUGAAAAGUGGUGUGGAGCAGCAUAAACGUUUAGAUCCACCUGUGGUGCCGACUCGUCCUGCGAGAGGUGGGAAAUCCGAACGCGUCUCUUCCAAACUCACCAGAGACUCUGCCCGUGCCGAAGGGGGGGGUGAUGCACGGACCUUGUCCCCCACGCUCAUGAAGGACAUCAGUUGUGAAGAUGACAAGGGAAAGAUCAUGGAAGAAGUGAUGAAAACCUACAUCAAACAGCAGGAAAAGCUGAACACCAUUUUGCGGAGGAAGCAGCAGCUCCAAAUGGAAGUGGAAAUGUUAAGUAACUCUAAAGCUAUGAAGGAACUGACUGAAGAGCAGCAGAAUUUACAGAAAGAACUCGAGUGUUUGCAAGCAGAUCAUGCUCAAAGAAUGGAAGAGUUUUAUUUUGAGCAGAGAGACUUGGAGAAGAAACUGGACCAAGUGAUGAAGCAAAAGUGUAGCUGUGACUCCAAUCUGGAAAAAGACAAAGAAGCUGAAUAUGCAGCACAGCUGGCAGAACUGAGACAGAGGUUGGAUCAUGCAGAGGCAGAUAGACAAGAGCUUCAGGAUGAACUGAGACAGGAACGAGAGGCACGGGAGAAGUUAGAGAUGAUGAUAAAGGAAUUGAAGCUACAGAUCCUGAAGUCUUCAAAAAAUGGGAAAGGAAAAUAGAAAUCGGAAGAGGAAGCACGACUGCCUCCUUCAAACAGGGUGUUUUGGUUUUUAAUGAGUUGUGAACAAUUUCUGUGUGCUGAGAAAAAGUGUUCUCUACAGGUUUCUGUUUCCCAGACAGGUCCAGAUGAAGAUAUACAUAGAUAUAAAUAACUAGAGAUAGAUAGACAUUUUUAGAUUUUCCUAACCAAUGAAAAUCUGCAUUAAUUUGUACUGGUGUUUUUCUCAAACAAUGAAAAAUAUGAAACCCUUGGUUUAGAGUGACCAGUUUCUGUCUAUUUCUAACACAGUCUUAAGGACUCCACACCUUUUAACACUGUCUGUUAAAACAUAUGUGGGUAUCUUUAUUUUGCUAUCAGUUGCACAUCCAGUUAUACAAGUACAUUAAGAACAUUCUGAAUUCUUCAAAGUCAAAAAUAGUUUGGGUUUCAGUGAGAAUUAAAUGUUCUUGAACUGAGGAAAGUAAAGGCAGCUUUUCAUCUGUUAGGUAAUGCUCAGAAUUGCCUCAAUGACUGAUGACUGAGCCUCAAAAGUGAUUUACCAGCAUGAGUUUUCCCUAUAAUUUCAUUGUGUGAAGUCAGGCUGAUCUUUUCAGUAUUGUCUAUUUAACAGCUCGUUAUCAAUCUAAAGAGUGCUUGAGCCAGCAUUUACCUGCUGUGCUGGAAGAAGAAAACAUUGGGAUUUUUUUAAUUAAUUAAAAAAUUUAUAAUUACAAUGGAAUCUUUGGAAGUUAAAAAUUCACAAGUUUUCUUCUGUUUUCUUCUAUGUAGUAGGUGUGAAAGAAACAUUAAUAAAAGGCUUAAAGGUGGGGCUAUUUCUUCUAGAAACUGAGAAAGCUUGACUUAACUGUUUUCAAGAUUCUAAUGCUUUCAAGAAAAAUAUUUAUUAAGGAAUAUGUAUUAAUUUCUUUAGCACCCUAAGCCUCCACACUUUGAGCUUCUUGCCGACUUGUGGGUUUUUCUUUCAUUGCAUAGAACAGGCCUUAACUGACAUUGUGAUCAUAGCUUAAAAAAUAAAAUUCUGAGGUAUGGCACUUUGAAAAAUCAUUUUGAUAGUCUCUGUAUUUGACUGGCAUGGUAGGGUUACCAUGAGUUAAGAAAUACAGCAUGUUUGUUAAGCUAUAACGUUGGGAAAUGUGUAAUUGUACAGAAUUACUGUUUUAUGUAUAUAUAAUGUUUGAGUACUUCUGAAGUCUGGUUCCUGGUGGAUUAAAUGCAUGGCUACAGAGUUGGAUGAAGAAAUACUUUAUUUGCACUUCUCUCCAAAACGUUGGAUACAGCUGGCAGAUGUCAGCUGAUCAUGUCAGUGAUAGGAAUAUUUUCGUAAUUCUAGUAUUUCACUACAUAUUUUAACUUGUGCUUUAGCUUCUUUUUUUAAGGUACUUAGGUUUAAUAUCCUCUUAAUAAUUCAGUUAAUUUUGGAUGAAGCCACUAGUAAAAGCCUACGUCGAUUAAUUUUUUUCCCUGAACUUGUAAAACUGAAAACUUUUGAGCUCUUUUUUGUUUCUAUUUUAGUGGUAUAACAAGACUGAAUAUCACAGAGAAAGAUGAAAUUGCACAUAUCUUUAAAUUGGAUGAGAAAUGAGGUGGUAAAUUAAAUGUCAUGGAGUCAUAGGAUGAUUUUUUUAUAACUAUGUACAAUUUUGUUUAUGAACUCUGUUUCAUAGUUACACUGACAAUUAAAGCAGGAUAGAUGAAAAAUUAUCAGUUUUCUUUGUCAGUGUCGAUCAGAAUCAUAGAAUGGUUUGGAUUGGAAGGGGCCUUAAAGAUGAUCUUGAACCACCCCCCUGCCAGAAAAGAAAACCCAGAUUAUAUUUUCCCCUUCUUCAACUCCAUCUCCAAAUUCUUACAUUAAAAAAAAUAAAAAUAAAAAAGAAAAGGCCUGUCUUUGCAGCGUGGUUUGGAGGGGAAGGUGCUGACUAAAUAGUUCUGGCUGUGUAUGCAGCACUUGUUUUAAAAACACCGUAAAUGUUUUAUUGUACCAACCACCAAACCCAGGGAUGGCAGGAGAGGAGGCAGGAAUAUUGAUAAAAGUGUGAUGAUUAGGGAAUGGAGCAAGUUGCCCAACUUGCUUGGCAGAUCCUGUGUUGGAUUAGCUGGAUGGGCAAGGGAAAAAGGUGUUAUUAAAGGAUGGAGAGGUGCAUUUCUAGUUGCUUUUCAGUGUCAGUGUUUGGACCCAGACUUGCUGGGUUGUCAGUGUAGAUAAAUAAGGCCACCAGCUCGUUUAAUACAGCUGCAGUGACUAAUUCACACAGUAUUUAUAGCUUAGCUGUUGAAUGUAUGGAAUCCUCCUGGGAUUAUUAUAUUAGAACACUGUAUAUUCCGUUUCCAUGCAGGUCUUGUCUUUGUUUUGUGACUUCUGCUCAAAUCUCCCCUUUUGCCAGCAGUUGAUGUUCAGCAGCACUUGGUGGACUGCUGGAGGCUCUUAAAAUGCUGGUGCCUGUCCUUUGUUCUAAUAUUUUCACUGUUGCAAGAAUUCCAGCAGCUGUAGGAUGUUUUACCAAUUCCAACUGCAGAUGAGGCCUCCUGAUCGUUUUCAAACAUCUGGCUGAUAAAGCUAACGGGACGUUUCUUAAAAUGACUUUAAAAGUAGCUUUGUAAAUAUUCCAUUUAGUUAACCUAAAGUUAGAAUGCAUUUUAAAUUAUUGUAAUCCUCUUAAAAUUCUUAAAUACUACUUCCAGGCUCUUGGCAUAACAUAAUUUUCAUACGCGUAGACUUAAUUUUAUACUGAUUUUCAGUAAUAAUGUAUACAUAAAUGUGCCAUAGCCUUUUGUGUGUUCACAGUCUUCGAAAGAUAGUUUUUUAGUAAAUUGUAAAUAGUACUGUAUAAGUUCUAGAACAAAUAUAUGUUGACUUUUUUUUUUUUUUUUGCCCCUACCUUAUGCUAGUUCUAUUGAAUGGUUUAUUUUGCAGCCUGAUUUAGGAACUUGGAAUGCACACUUGAGGGCACUCACUUAAGUGCACACUUAAUGGUAGAAACUAAUUCUGUCAUCAGAUCCUUGCUUUUAGUCAUAGCAUGCUCAUUUUAUGUAUUGUUAUUUGUUUUUCCUUCAGCUGUUGCUUGCUGGUCUUUCGGGCAGGAAGUCAUGUUCCCAGAUACUUGUGACAUGAAGCCUGUAGGAAAAAAAAAAUCCUAAAAUUGCCCCUAAUUUGAAAGUUGGAUUAUUAAACACCUAGGGCAAGAUUGAAGUUGCCUAGUGCACCUUUUGGAACAAAGUAAGUAGGAUUCAAGGUGAAUACCUAGUUUGCUCCUAUACCUUUUUAAAAGAGAACUUUCACGUGCUUUGUGUAUUUUAAUCAACAAAAUAUAAGAGCUUAGAGAGUAAAACUCUUGUAAUUUUGGCAGUCUAGAAACACCCUCACUCACAGUAUAACCAGGUAUCCCUCAACGAAAGAGAUUUGUAUCUAAAUCUCCAGAUUUAAGUCCGUGUUUUAGGUUUUUAUGAAGCAUAUCCUUCAGUUUGAGCAUUUAGAUGAAUGUAGUUAUGUUUCACCUUCUUAAACUAAUUUUAUUCUAUAUUUAAUAUAUUGAUAGCUUAGGUGUAAAACCAUUUGUACAUAGUAAAGGCAUAAUGCAAUUAGUGAAGUAGGAAAAGUUGGGUGGGAGCAUAAAGCUACUGGUGGCCUGGAAAAAAAAUAAGUCUUGGCCCGUAUUUUAGAAGUCACAAUGUUUUAUUCAUACAUCUUGUUUUAUAUUGGGGAGGGGAUAGCUAGAAUGUGUUAUGAAAUUUUUGGAAACCUUUCCUAGCAUUAGUCAGGAGGUUGGCCUUGCAGUGCUGUCAUGGUCAGCUACCUAGAAUUCACUUGUUUGUAGAGUAUAUAUUUUGAUUGUCGGUAAAGAUAACAACUUUGUAUUUUUUCUGCACUUAAUUUGUGUAAUUAAUCCACACAACAGAGUUUUCUAUAACAUGGUGAAGUCGACAAAAGACGUAAUUUCUCCUACCUGUUAAUCUGUGCUUGCAAUAUUUCAGUAAUUUUAUUUAAGCCAUCAAUAGGAAGCAGCAGAAAGCUGCAAAUUUCAAUAUUUUUUUUUUGCUCAUUACAUUUGUAGUGUGCGUGUUCAUCAGUUUUCUUUACAGAAAGCUUGUAGAAUUUUCUAUUUGCUGCAUAUAUCUAUUUAAAAAAAAUGCAGUCAUUUUUUAGCUUUUGUGAAAGCAGUUAUUGCUUACAAAUUGCACGAUGAUUUUCUAGUGUGUCUCCAUUACUUAGCAAAUUGUUUUUUUCAGGGUUAGUGGUUCAGUUGGAAAACGCUUGAAAAACGAGUUUUAAGCACUUCAUCAAGCACAGCAAACACGGUAUAAAACUUUGCUAUUUGAAAAUGGAUUAAAUGUAACAAUACCAAUUGAAUUUUUUUUUUUUCUUCUAAGAGAUACCUCACUUAAAGGAAAGCACAGCUGUACUGUAUUUAAACUAAUUCUAGGAAAUAAUAAAAAAGUUGGUCUGAAAUAUUUCGUUGCCAUCAACGUUGCUUUCUGUGAUUGACAAAACGUUUUUGUGUUUUCAUCCUCGCUCUCCAAAGUAUUUUUUGCUGUUGACAUGCCAGUAUAAUUCUCUCAAAUGACAGAAAGUAGCUGCAAAACAACCGAGUCCGUGUGAGCUCGAGGCAACAGGUUGAAUGACUAUUCUGAAACCAUAGGAAAAACGAUCCGUGCAUUCAACAAUUUUUAAUACUUUGCCAAUGAUGUACAGUCUUAUUGUCAGCGUUGCUGUGGUUGCAUUACAUGACACACAGAACUGUCCUCUACCUCACGUGAGAUUUAACAGAUAUUUUAUAUGGUUUUAGUAAACAAGAUGCAUCUAUCUGGUCACUUAGUUUACAAAUUUUGAAUUAUAUUUAUUGAAACAUGACAUACUGUGCUCUUAGCUUAUACCUCAAUUGUAUUUUGUGCUGUUAUCCAUUUCCAUGCCUUGUAAAUACCUGUAUAGAUCGUGGAUUCAAAAGCAAAUAAAGAACUGUAAUGUCAGA